AUGCUUGUCGCGCGAGGAAGCAGAAGUGUGACGGACAAAGACCUACCUGCAGCAGAUGUCGAAGUCUUUCGCAAACAUGUAGGUCCUGCCAAGGGCUACAUUGAAGCACUCGAAACCCGUCUGAAGGAGACAGAGCGCUUGCUGUGGCGAAUGCUCUCGACCUCCAACGCCAAUCUCGAAAAAUUGUCAGAGGCAUUCACCGCAGAACUCGAUCACCGAAUUCCAGCAAGCCUUACGAUCAGCACCCUAAGUACGACAGAGGAGAAAAAGUCUGCCAUCUCCUACUGGGAACAAUUUCCUCUGCAAACUCCGGAAGACGUGAUCUUGUGGAAGCAAGAUUUGGAUUCGCUUUCUGGGGUCGCAGCCACAGGCUCGAGUACUGUGGUAGAUAGCGCUUCAUUUGAGCGGCUAGAGGUAGCAUCCCCGAGUGAUCCGAGUCCGUUUGGGGACAGCUUUAGCGGCGACCCGUCACCGAUCCAAGACGCACGCCAUGAAGCCGCAGAAACCAUCCCAGGCCGUGAUGGUAUGCCGUUGGCUCCAGAAAACCGGUCGGUCGGUCGGUCUGCCACUUCACAGGCUCCAGAAACUGUAGGAGACAUAUUGCGUCGCUCCUCAUCGAGGCCACAUCGAAACAGCACAGCCGCAAAAUUUGGCUUGUCUCAAGAAUUUGAGGAUACAUUUCUGUGGUAAUUGCAACCUACUUUGGACUCCCUCAAGCCAGUGCGCUUUUCAGAUCGGAGGGCAUGUUCACGGCAUUUCAUAGUCCCCUCUCUGCUGGUGCCUUUGACUGCUCGAGGCACCCAGGUCGUUUACGUACCCGGUCCCAUUAGCCAUUGCCUCCCAACCAAUGUUGCCAAAUGCACCUGGAUUGACAUAUAAGUCAUCCAGUAUUGGCAAGCGAAAUAGCUCCGGAUUUUCGAAGUUUGCGAGCGUGGGGGUUCCAGCAGUGAAUUGAGGUGCCAUGUACUCUAAAUUUGUAAGAGAGACUCCGUCGUCAAAUACAG